AUUUUCUGUGCAAGUAGCCGUGGAAAGAGUGGGCAGGCAAAGUGAUACGUCAAGUCAAGAAGACGAUACUGUAAAAAUCAAUGGUGAAUUGAAGAGAAGAAGAAGAAGACGAAAAGGACAGAUAUGAAGUGGAGGUGGGACUCCAUCUUCCCCACUUAAAUAAAUCAUAUUUGCUUUCCACUCGCUAUUCACACAUGGGCAGGCUCCCAUCUUUUCUCUUUCUGUUGGUUCCUUCUUCUAUAGGCCAUAGCUAGCAGGGGGGUGGGGGAGAAAUGGGGGGGUGCACCGCCUCCAAGCUGGACAACGAGGAUACCGUCCGGCACUGCAAGGACCGGUGCCGCCUCAUGAAGGAGGCUGUCUACGCCCGCCACCACUUAGCCGCCGCCCACUCCGAUUACUGCCGCUCCCUCCGGAUAACCGGCUCCGCCCUGGUUUCAUUCUCCGCCGGGGAAUCAUUUUCCGUCUCCGACGAGACACCUGCCGUUUUCCUCCGCACUCCUUCCUCCGCCUUCAAAUCCCCUCCCCGCCCGCCGCCGGUGCGCAUCCCUUCACCGUCUCCGUCGAUUCACCCAUCCCAACAGCCGCCGCCGCCGCCGCAGUCGCAGCACUUCUCCCACUCCCGUUCUUCGUCAGUCGCCAGCUCUCUCUCCUCCCAGCGCCACCACCAGCUCCGGCUACCGCAAACCCGCCAGAAAAAACCCAAUAUGAAACUCCCACACAUCCUCUCCGACUCCAGCCUCCCCACCACGCCGGCCACCAACAAUUUCUUCGAUCACGCAUACGCCACCGCGAAUUCUCCGUCACAAGCUUCCUCCGUCUGGAAUUGGGAAAACUUCCACCCUCCUUCACCCCCAACAUCCGAGUACUUCGAACAGCUCCAGAAAAACAAGGCCCAGCCGCCGCGCGAUCACAUCAUCCAGCACAGUGAUGACGAAGACGAAAACGAUGACGACAACUCGUCUUCGUAUUCCCAAUUCCCACCACCUACCAUUCCUCCCCAGAAUGCAUCUUUCAAGCAGUAUGAUUUCUUUGAUAACCAGAGUGUCAACGAUGAAAAGGCUUCUGUUCACUCUUCACGUUCUCACCCCUCUAACAAGGGAAAUUUGCAUAGUCAAAACCCGAUUUUGCAGAAUAAUCAGCAGAAGCAGCAUAGGAGUAAUUUGCAUAAUCAAGAUCAUAUUUUGCAGAAUAAUCAGCAGCAGCAGCUUAGAAGUAAUUUGCAUAAUCAAGAUCAGAUUUUGCAGAACCGACACCAUCAUCUUCAACAAAAGAGUAAAUGGGAAAAUGAAAGAGAGAGGGAAGAAUUACAAUACGUUAAGAGGAGGGAUUUUCAUAAUCAAGAUCAGAAUAUUCAGAGUCAUCAUUUUCAUCACCGGAUGAGUAAUCAAGAUCCGAUUUUGCAGAAGCAAGAUCAAAAUCUGCAGAACCAUCAUCAUCUUCAACGCAACAAUAGCAAUUGGGAAAGUGAAGCAGCAGAAAGGGAAGAAUUACACUACUCGAAGAGGAGUUUUCAUGAUCAAGAUCCGAUUUUGCAGAGUCGUAGUCAUCACCAUUGUCAUCAUUCGCGGAUUAGCAAUGGAGAAAGUGAAGCAGAGAGGGAGGAAGUGCGGUGUAGUGAAUGGGAAGACCAUGACCAUUACAGCACUACUAGCUCUGGGUCGUCUGGGCUUGAAGAAGAUCCGGCGGAAGAUAAAGAAGACCCCAUAUACGAAGCCCGUCCGACCCCUUCAGCAACUAAUGUGGGGUCAAAUCCUAAGAAUUACUAUUCAUCAGCUCAUAGGUCGGGCAAUGGAGGGUCGCCUGCGAUGAGUUGGGGAAACGGAACCACUACUGGUAAAGAGGAAAUGGUGGAAGCAGAUAACAGAAUGGUGGUGAGGCAUGAAGACCUGUCUGAGAUUGCAGCUGCCAUCAAGUCCUACUUUGACAUGGCCGCUUCUUCUGGCGAUCAGGUCUGCGACAUGCUUGAGGCUGGCCGUGAACAGCUUGAUCGCAAUUUCAAGCAGUUAAAGAAGACAGUGUAUCAUUCAAGUGGGAUACUGAGUAGUUUGAGUUCAAGCUGGAGUUCUAAGCCUCCAUUGGCCAUCAAGUACAAACUUCAACCUCUCUCAAUCAGCGAAUCAGGGGGCCAAAAAAGUUUACGUUCCACCUUGGACCGACUCUUAGCUUGGGAAAAGAAACUCUAUGCGGAAGUGAAGGCUCGAGAAGGAACGAAAAUUCAGCAUGAAAAAAAAUUGGCCACACUUCAAAGUCAGGAAUACAGAGGGGGUGACGUAGCCAAGUUGGACAAGACUAAGGCAGACAUUAACAAACUCCAAUCUUUGAUUUUGGUCACCUCUCAAGCUGUCACCACGACCUCUUCUGCUAUUAUUGGCCUUAGAGAGUCUGACCUUGUCCCUCAGCUAGUUGAACUUUGUCACGGGUUGAUGUACAUGUGGAGAUCUAUGAGCCAGUUCCAUGAUGUCCAGAAUGAGGUAGUCCUACAAGUCAGGGGCCUCAUCAACCGAGCAACCCAGCAGUCAACGUCAGACCUACACCGGCAGGCGACCCGUGACCUGGAGUCUGCCGUCUCUGCAUGGCACGCCGCCUUCUCCCGCCUGAUAAAGUUCCAAAGAGACUUUGUGCGGUCCAUCCAUGGCUGGUUCAAGCUCUCCCUCCUAUCAGUCGAUGGCAAUGUGGGCCCCACCAGCAGGGGAGCGUUCUCCUUCUGCGAGGAGUGGAAACUGGCCCUCGACCGGGUACCGGACACUGUGGCGUCAGAAGCCCUCAAGAGCUUCAUAAAUGUUGUGCACUCCAUAUCCUUGAAACAAACCGAGGAGGUGAAGAUCAAGAAACGGACUGAGUCGGUGUCCAAGGAGAUGGAGAAGAAGGAGUCUAACAUUCGGAGCCUUGAGAGGAAGUUUUACAACUCUUACUCCACUGUGGGUAUCAACCUUUCAAAUGAUCGCGGUGGUGGUGAGGCUUUGGAUGCGCGCGACCCGCUGGCUGAGAAAAAGGCCGAGCUACAGUCAUGGCAACGCCGGGUGGAAGAUGAGAUGUUGAAACACCUGAGGGCAGUGGAGGUGACGAGGGCGAUGACUCUUAACAACAUUCAGACGGGUUUACCCCCCGUGCUCCAUGCCAUGACUAGUUUCUCUGCCUUGUUCACUCAAGCUCUUGAGGCUGUUUGUGCCAGUUCUUAUUCUAUUUAAUUAUUGAUUUAUUACUUGAUAAUUAUACCCAUCCAGAUGAUAUCAAAUUACUAUAUAGUUACUGUUUUCUUUUCUUCUUAUUUUGUUGUAUAGAGAAAUACAAUUUGAGUUUUUCCACACCUGACAUUGGUUAUAUGUCUCUCUCUGUACAUAUAUUAGUUUUUUAUAUUAUAAAUGUAUCAGAAAUCAGAGCAACUUGUUUAAAGAGAUGAAUAAAGACCCCAUGAAUAAAUUUGUUGGCUUAUGUUUUUUAUAUAAAUAAUACUGUACAAUUUGUGAAA